AUGUGGAAGAGACUAUCCCUGACAUUUCCAAGAGACAAGCUGUUUUCUCAUACACCUUCUACAUCAAUUGACUCUAUUCAAUCAUUAUCACCAACGUCCACAACAGGAGAGAACGAGUUACCGACAAACAGAACACUAAAAUCGGUUGAGCGCCGUCAAUCACUCCCCUCAGACGAGACAUUUAUCCUUGCGAUAAUAGGAAAACCUAAUGUCGGCAAGUCAACAAUAACAUGCACCGGACUUCGGAAUCUUGCCCCAAUAAAAAAUGUCGGCGUAGAACAGAGCAUACUAAAGACCCCAAGCUUCAUAUCAGAGAUCGAAGUAGACGAUCAUUUAUAUCCAGUCGAAGUCAUGGAAUUACGAGAAGAUGUCUUUGACAUGCGCUCAGACAUAGAAUGGCCACGAGACCUUCCCGAAAUCGACGGAGUCUUGGUAUGUUACGAUUGCGAAAACCGAGACACAAUAGCAAAUAUUGCUUGGCUAUUGAGCGCCUUUAGAGAAUUCGAGGUUCCUGCAAUCCUCGUAGCCACAAAAUCAGAAUCGCCAAACCGUCGAGUGGACACUGCGCACGGCACAAAGCUGGGCGGUUUAUUCAACGUGGGUUUUGUCGAACUCGACACUGCAAAUCCACAAAGCUCGGAAAAGAUACACGACGUAUUCUCCAUGCUCCUUCGUCUGGCUAUCCGACGACGAGAAUUCCAAAGACAGCGUGCGGACAAGAGGCAGCGACGUGAUAGUCAUGAAACGUCCAUAAGCGAGUUGGACCUUAUCCCGUUUUACAAGCACAAGAGAACAAGUAGCGAUGUUAGUCACAACAACCACACAAGAAAGAAAAAAGACUUGGGAAAAGAACUUAGCAGAUCUUGGAGAUCAAAUUGGCGGUAUAACAACAGCAGCAGCAAAUCGUUAUCAACAAAAUAUGCGAGCGACGACGAGUCGACGGCAAGAGUUGCUACAUGCUCCUUGUCGAGAUCUCUUCCUCGCUUUAUUGCAAAACCACCUGAAAUUUCCAUCACUCCACCCCAAUCGCCAUCAAGAUCGCCUCCAACAUCAGCUCACACGUCCCCGACAAACCGCACUCCUCAUCCUCCCCAUCGACGAGCAUUGUUACCGUACUCUACUCUUUUACAAGUCAAAGAAAUUGACGAAGAAACGUCGCAAAAAGACACUCAAUCGACCGAAUCACGAAUGUCGACUGAUUCCUCCUUUUCAAUUGCAAGCGACGGCUCGACAAACUGGGAUUGUAUGUUCCAAAUGGACCCAGUAGACAAAUCACGUCGUUCGAAUAGUAAUGUUCAAGAGUGUGGAUUGGCAAUCAAUGAAUUGAUCGAUAGGUUGACUUGUGGCGGGGGAUACGGAACGCACGAAGAUCCGUUUGUCAUUACCUUUUUCUGUGUUUAUAGAACUUUUAUGAAACCAAGAGAGGUUUUGGAAAAGUUGAUUGAAAAGUACGAGAAUAGUGGAAAUGCUGGUGGUGAAAGAGGAAACCCUGCACAGCAAAAAAUAUGCAGUCUAAUCUACCAUUGGAUAACAAAACAUCCUCAAGACAUGAUUCACCUGCAAACCCGCGCUCUCCUUCGUACUUUCCUGCAAACAAUCACAUCCUGCUCUCAUCUAUCAUACUAUGCAAUAAUCCUCGAACCUCUCAUCAUGGCCGAUUCACCAACAACAGACAUUGACGACUUGUGGGGACAUGUAGAUGUCGAUUACCCAGACAUUGACUUUGAAAAACUUACUCCACCCCACUCUGACGAACUGUCUGUCGAAUACCACGGCGAACAUACGAUAAAACACUCGACAAAGACCGAUUCCGGCUUUGCAAACUGGUUCAAUACCGAUGUGUUUGAAGAUGAUGACAUUCAUCUUGAUAUCGGGAUAAACGAAGUCAAGUUACGUAAAAGGAAUGCGUUGGGUGAGAGAAAGGCUAGUUUGAUUGUUGUUGGAAACGCAGCACACCCGAGAACUCUGAGUCAAGUGCCUUUUGAGGAAUUGCCCGAAAAGGCUAUUGCGGCCGAGUUGACUUAUGAAGAGUUGCAAUUGUUUAAAAAGAUUCAGCCACGAGAUCUUCUUAGACAUGUCAGGAAUCCUUCAGACUGUCCCCGCAGACUAGAGGGUCCAGUAGCUGCGUCGAUCAAACAUUUCAAUUUUAUCUCUGCUUGGGUAUCAACAAUGGUUCUUUCUCAAGAAAAAGUCAAGCAUCGUGCUGCUAUGCUGAAAAAGUUUAUGAAGAUUGCAGUGAUAAUCCGCGAAUCAAACAACUACAAUACUCUAAUGGCCAUCAUAGCCGGUAUCAAUUGCACGUCUAUCCAACGCCUUCGUCGUACGUGGGAAAUCGUACAGUCAAAAUCCGUCUAUAAGAAAUACCGCUCGCUCGAGAUUCUCAUGUGCAGCGAAAAGUCUUAUCACAACUACCGAACGGCAUUAAAAUCGUGCGGUGAGGAUGACAAGGCAAUACCCUACCUUGGAAUACAUUUGCGCGAUUUAGUGUCGAUAUGUGAGGGUAACAAUAACAUGAGAUUAGACGGAAAGUUGCAUUGGGAAAAGUUUUCCAUGAUGGGAGAUCUGUUCAUGGUGAUUGAAAAGUUCCAAAAGAUACCAUACAAUAUAAAACCCAAUAAAUUCAUUGAGAACUUUAUUAACGAUACGGAAAUUUUGGAUGAAGACGAUCUCUACUCCAAAUCACUCGAGCUCGAACCCAAAGUGCAGCGAUCGGCUAGCACAUCUCGCGUUAGACGAUGA